CGAGCCCGGUGGUGCAAUGUCAAACUGUGCUGUUGUGAUACAGCCUGGUUGUUUGCACAUUGCCGGAUACGAAUUGAAAAAGUCAAUUUUCACCCGACUGUCAAAAUAUCGACUGGUGCAUGUGUAUGUGCAGUGUGUGUGAGUGUGCGCGCAGUCCGAGCGAGAAUUCGGGAUUUUAGGGAUCGAAUUUGUGAACGAAAACAUUCACUUUCAAGCCUCCAAGGAUUCGCUUACCAUCCUUCAAACCACCCACGGCACGAUGCAGCAAGAGGAUCUAGCGUACGAGCGGAAGUUGCGGCCAAUCUGGGAAUCGAUUGAAAUCGGUAACUACAAAAAGGCGCUGCAGGAUGUCGAGAAGAUGCUGAAGAAGAAACCCACCCUACAGUGUGCCCGUGCGCUGAAAGCCUGGGCGUACCAGCGGCUCGGCCGCACGGAGGACAGUGCGCCGCUGAUCGCCGCGCUCGAGGAGGAGCAACCGAUCGAGGCGACGACACUGCACGCGCUCACGCUGUACUACAAGGAAACGCAGCGGCUGGACAAGAUCUGCACGCUGUUUAGCAACGCGGUGCGGCAGGUGCCGGGCAGCGAGGAGCUGCUGUCCCAGCUGUUCAUCGCCUACAUGCGCAUCGACGACUUCAAGGCGCUGCAGUCGGUCGCGCUGCAGCUGUACAAGCUGCGGCCCCGCAACUCCUACUAUUUCUGGGCCGUGAUGAGUGUGGUGCUGCAAGCGCUCCGCGGCCCGGACGCGCACAAUGCGCAAAAGGCGCAGCUACUGCUGGUGCUCGCCCAGCGCAUGGUGGACAAGUUCAUUGCGGAGAACAAGCUCGAGGGUGCGCAGGAGGCGCAGCUGUAUCUGCAGAUACUACAGGAGCAGCACAAGUACAGCGAGGCGUACGAGUUUCUGCAGGGUGCCUUAUGCCAGAAGCUGUACCCGGGUGCGCCGGUUUAUCUGAGGAUCGAUCUGCUCAAGCAGCUGAGCAAGUGGGGCGAGCUGAACCGACUGCUCAAGGAGCUGCUGCUACAGGAACAAGACCGCUGGGAUUACUAUCAGGAUUACAUCAACUCUACGUUUGAGCUUAUAAGGGCUGGCGAGAAACCGGACGGUGCUGAUUACACGGUGGAAAUGUGCCACGAAUUCCUGUGCGAUAUUAUCGAAGCGCAGCCGAAAAAGUUCCGCGGUCCAUACCUGGCUCGGUUGGAGCUGAACCGCCGCAUGGUGGAGCAGCGGUACGCCGAGGAACAGCUGUUUGGCAAAAUGUCCGAUAUGCUGGCGGAGUACUUCGAGCUGUUUGCGGACAAGCCGUGCUGUGCGCUCGAUAUGAAGCUGUUUCUCGAAUUUGUCAAACCGGCCCACGAGCGGAGAACACUCGCUACCAAGCUCAUGAACGGUCUGGGGCUCAGCUCAGCAACGCUACCGGCCAGUAAAGAGCAAAUGCAACGACACAUCUGUACGCUGCAGAUCGCCCGGUACAGCGGGGCGCACGCGAUCGUUAGCGAGGAGCUGCUGCACGCUAUCUAUACCUCGCUAAGCCUUCACUACGAGCACGGGUACAAUGCGUACGGGCAGGGUCUGCUGGUGACGGACAUGGGACCAUCGGACGCGUACGCCUUGUUAGCUGCGCAAAUUAUGUACGAACGUGCCUAUCGAAUGCAACGCUCCGAGCCGGCCAUCGAAGCGCUGUGUCUGCUGAACCACCUGCUGGGUAACAGCGUGAACAACUUCCACGGUAAGCUGUUGGCGCUGCAGCUGUACCACCGUCUCGGUCUCACGCAAGCCGCCCAAAGUGCCUACGAAACGCUCGACAUUAAGCACAUUCAGCUGGAUUCGCUUGGCUACCUGCACUGUGCUCAACUGGCAAAUGCCGGCUUCCCGGCACUGGCCAAGGCGACGUACGAGCAAACGCUCUACUUCUUCCUGAACGACAUCGACGCCAACUCCGAGUUCCCGAAGGCGCUGUACAACUUUGGCACGUUCUCGAAGCUGGUUGAAAUUGUCGACUUUCGCAGCAGGCUCGCGAACAGCUACCACUUUAUGCUGGUAACGGUCGAAACGUUGCUGCUGAUGGUGGUCAGCUCUGGUGGCACGCUGUCCCAGCUGCUGGCGGCGUACAGGCAAACGCGCCGCAAACCGGCCGAGGAUCGUAUACGGUGGGACAAGCUGCACGAUAAUCGCGAUCUUACGAUCUUUGUCAGUUGGGAUCCACCGAGCGAUGAGGAGGAGGAGGAGGAUGUAAAGAAGAAAGACAAGCCAAUGGAUAAUGGCACCGGAGGGGAGAAGGAAGCGCCGGUAGUAGCAGCUGUAACGAAACCGGUCGGUGCUACGCUGGAGGAACGUCGGGAACGAUUGCAAAAGCGCAGCUACGAGCAGGACUACGAUCUGUUGCGGUUGCGCACCGGCAUUUCGAAGAUGCUGUUCUCGCUGGUGGAGCUCCAUCUCAGUCGUACGUCGGUGGAGUGUUCAGCGGCGCAGCAGCUGCGCGACGACUGGGUGACGGUCACGGCCGACAUCCGCAGCAAGCAGCACGCACCUAUCAGCGGUCGCUAUCUAGUCAAUCUGUUGCCCUCGCGCCUUCACCUUUACCUGAGCCUGCCCUACGAGCGUGUCUUUACGCAGCUGGCCGACUUUGCGCUGGACUUGUGGAAGGGUUACAGCAUCGAGCAGCUUACACUGGCGGCGGACAAGUGUUCCGGCGACGUAACGGCCAUACACGAGACGAUGAAGCGAGCUAUCGAGACGUACCACCAGUCGGCCGAUUUGCUGUGGCACUGGAAGAUGACGCACGAGCUCGUAAACGGUUGUAUCGAGAUGAUCUCACUGAUGGUAUUCCUGCUGGCAGUCUGUUACGACAAGUACCUGCAUGCCCCAACGUCCCAAGCACAACCAAGCGCCGGAAAGAAGGUGAAAAAGGGCCCCGAAAACAGUGCACCGAAUACUGCCACAACCAAUGCGAGCAACGAUGCUUCUUCCGUCGUCCCGGAACGGGAGCGGCUCGUGCUGGUUACGAAGGUGCUGCGCGAGUUGAAGCAAACCAUCAACGCCAUGGAUCUGCUGCUGGCAUCCUGGAAGCCACCCUUAGUCGAGGACUCCCUGUCGGCCGCCAUCGAGCGGAUGUCACUGAAUCCCAAGUGCGCCUCCACCGUACAGUCAACGAUAGCGGAAAACGCCUUGACGGAGGUGCGGGAAUUGCGCAAGCUGCUAAAGGACAAGCUAAAGCUGAUGAGCAAAGCUAUUUAAGAGCACUAAUCCAACCAGCCGCCUAGCCAAUCCAUCAACAGUGACGCCCACUGAGGUCUAACCUACGGCGGCACACAGACCCAGACCCGGGAUGAUCGUGUUUUGGAGUUCGUGAGCAGUAGGGGCGCGUCAAUAGGAGCAUCUUUCAUUCAGUUCUGUUUCGUUGAUUGUUGAACAACAUUGUGUGUAUUAAGUUUCUAGCUUUUUAAGUGGUGGUUCCCCAUUUUCUGGGGGGAUGCAAGUAGGCCCCAUUUCCCGUUGCCUACAGCAAAUUGUUCAUUUUAUCGAUACAAAAUAGAAUAGUACAGUGCAUACUAUUUUUAUACUAGUAUGAUGGUUACACCAUCGGCAAUACACAUUCACAUGGACUCCCUUCCCGUUUUCUGAAGGAGUCCCUUUUUCCGAAAGUCAUUCAAAAACGAGCGUGUACAGGGGCAAGCAUUUUUGAAAUUUAGAUAGCGUCUAAAGUUAAAACAAAAAAGAUACAAUUCACACGAAAGACACCCAUUGACGACAGGGCAUUGUGUAAUGAUGUAAUGGGAGGAAAGCACUUCAGCAUACACGAUCGCGUGUACCGGUGGGCAGAUGGGGGUGUAAGAUGGGGCAGCAGUAGAAUCAAAAUGUGUUUGCAAUGAAAGUACAGUAACGAUACAUUUACCAGUGUAGCUUCCACGCGUUGCAAAGAAAAGAGUCGAAUGGGGUGGUGAGAGAUGGUGGACCUAGAAGAGAUUAAUAAAAUAAGGAAAAGUAAACAAUCGCUGUUGAUCUGUGAUCGUUUA